UCACGUCGGUACAAUCACUACCCAUCUCUCCUCUUCUUCGCCGUCAUCGUCAUCUCGUCUACAACCGUCUCUCUUCAAGCUAACUACACGCACCAACAAGCCGCACAAUUCACCCUCUGUCUACAUUUGUCAACGAGCCGCACAUCCACGCCAAGCCCUUCACAUGCCACGACACGCCAUUUCUCCGAUCGCAAGCUGCCAACAAACCGCUCAGAUUUGGAAGAUUUGUUGUGCAUGAUUUGUUUUUUUUCGUUGCCCCGCGGGAGUGUCGUCCUCGACGACCCCGUACUAUUACGUAAGCGCCCUACCCCCUGCUAUCAAGUGGGGCGGGGCGCGGUAGGAUUAGGCUCGUGCUUGCUUUACAGUUACUUGUAG